AUGUGGCCCCAGCAUGGCACAGGGCCAAACUCAUCCCCUCUUUGUCACUGGCCACAUACUGCAGGGGGAGGGGCUGGAGGAGCUGGGGCACCUGCAUUUGGCCUGUAAGGAAUCUGGGUCCUGCUGGCUGUGGGUGACUGCAGAGGGCCACGUGGGCAGGGCACAUUCAUGGGCCCCCCAGGCCAACAUCGUCAGGGUGAGAGGGGGAAGGGCCAGAAAGCCUCAGCCCAGACCAGGUAUGGUGGGAACAGUCCGCACAGGAGGCACCAGAACCGUCUAGAAGGCCCUGGCACACAGGUCUGCUGCAGCAGAGCCAGGAGGGCUCGGGGGUGCACAUGUCCAGGGCAGAGGAACCACGUGGGGCUCAGUCAGCAGUCGGGGUCAGGCCUGGUUGGUGGCACUGAGGACCCUGAAGGCUUGGCCCCACCUCCGGGAGCUGGGCUUCCUCCACAUGGUCACAGCAAAGGUAGAGACCAGAGGGGGAGGGACAUGGGGGGCUGCACCCCACCCUCUCCUCGCUGCUCCCCUCCCCCUUACCACCCCGUUCAGUGAUGUCCGUGCAGAUGGGAGGGUUGUGAGGGGCGUCCACACCUGGCCUGCAGUGGCUGCCCGGCUUCCUGCUAG